UAUAAUUUUGUAAUCAUGGUGAAAAGAAGGUGAAACGGGUCCCGUGCUAAUGGUUGUGCUGGUCGAGGAGGGGUUCAGGCGCAACAGCAGCAGCAACAGCAACGUAAACGGCCACCAAUUAAGGCUCUUAGAGAACCAGCCAUCUUUGCUAAACAAUCAGGCAGCACCUUGGACACCCCUCAUGACAAAGUGACUAUAGCCCAGGCUCGCCGUGGCACUCCAGCUCAUCGGCCCGUACGAGUGUAUGCUGAUGGAAUCUUUGACCUCUUCCAUUCAGGCCAUGCCCGGGCUCUGAUGCAGGCCAAGAAUUUGUUCCCAAACACACAACUGAUUGUUGGCGUAUGCAGUGAUGCCUUGACGCACAAGUAUAAAGGCUAUACAGUGAUGACAGAGGAUGAACGUUAUGAAGCCCUUAUACACUGUCGUUAUGUGGAUGAGGUGGUCCGUGACGCUCCAUGGACACUCACUUCCGAAUUCCUGAAAAAACACAGGAUUGACUUUGUGGCACAUGAUGAUAUCCCAUACACCUCUGCUGGAUCAGAAGAUGUCUAUAAACAUAUCAAAGAAGCAGGAAUGUUUGUGGCUACUCAAAGAACGGAGGGGAUCUCUACCUCUGAUCUCAUCACGCGUAUUGUUCGAGACUAUGAUGUCUACGUCAGACGUAACCUGCAGAGAGGAUAUACAGCAAGGGAACUCAACGUUGGCUUCAUCAAAGAGAAAAAGUAUCGUCUACAAGAGCAGGUGGACAGAAUGAAGGAGACGGUGAGAACAGUGGAGGAGAAGUCCAAACAUUUAGUGCACCGUGUCGAAGAGAAGAGCCAUGACCUCAUUCACAAAUGGGAAGAGAAAUCCCGCGAGUUCAUCGGAAACUUCCUGGAGUUGUUUGGUCCAGAUAAAGCCUGGCUCAUGAUUCAGGAGAGAAGUGGUCGCGUUCUCCAGGCUCUAUCUCCCUAUCAGUCUCCAAGUACAUCGCCAAGCUCCAGUCCCACCAGAGGGCGCUCUACAUCACCCGUCGCCCACUGGCCUCGGCUACGCUUCCGUUCACCACCACCUAAAGGAGCCUCUGUCAGCAGUGAGGGCGACGAGGGGGAAAUGUAGAUGGAUGCUGACUCUCCGACCUCCUGCACGUUCGCGCAGACACCAUUUUAUUUAGGUUUCUGUAUUUUAUGCAUAAUACAGACCUACAAAUUCAUGCUGGUCCAAGUCUAAACUGACUUCAUAAGUUUAAAAAGCCAAAGUUUGCAUUACCACAUAAACGCAGAACUGAACACCUCAUUACUUGUCUUUCGACUAAAAGGCCCGUUCACACCAAAAAAAGAAAACUAUCACUAAAAAUAUUUCCAAAUCAAAAGCGUCAAAACCAAAGCGUGCCAACUUUGUUCAUUACAAGUGUGCUGCUUUCUCUAUCUAUUCCUACCUAUAGAAAUUUUCAUUGUUGUGAACAAAUAAACAUAUUUACGAGUAUUAA